CAGAGGGUGGUAUUUGAAAUUUACCCAAAAAUAGAGAGGGGCGACUCCUCUUCUCCCAUCCGCUGCUCUCUUCCUUCGCCCCCGAGGCCGAGCGAGCGAAACCCUCGAACGAAAACGAAGAAGAAGUCGGCGACGAUGAUCAGCAUCCUCGCUCAGGAGCGCGUUCUCGGGGCCGCGUUGGGGAUCGCGUUCACGGGCUCCAUCCUCUUCCAUCAGCGCCGGGAGAUUUACCGAUCCAUACCCAAGAACAGUUCUUACUCAUAUCAGUAUAAAGAAUUAACACAUGGAAAGAACUCUACGGAUCUUGCUCGAAUGUGGAACAAGGCCAUCGAUGGUACGCUCGGACAACUAGUCGUGUUUCUUAGCUCGCGUGGCUGGUAACAAGCUCGGCAUCCAUUUUUCCAAACUUACCAAGAUGCCGAUGACCGUUAUUUCUUUCGGCUCCACUAUCUGUGUUUUGCUCGAGUCCCUAUGACCUAAUCUUUUUCAUGUGAUUGUUAUAGUAUGACACAUUGUUCUGUAUGAUUUUUUCAAAUACAUGGUGAUAUUUGCAGUUAAUCUUUUUCAUCCAA